AAAAAUAUUUCUAUAAGAAAACAUCUCCAAAAGCUAUGAUCAUAAUUAAAGACCCAUGGGUUGAGAUGGAGCCGGCAGAAGAAAAGGGCCCUUGACAGGUCCCGAAAGAGGUGCAUUCUGGGCAUUGUAGUUUUUCCUGCUCUUCCCACGACGCAGUUCAAGCAAGUCGGGAUUCUAGGUUACCAACUCCUUCCGCUUGCAGUUUACUGGCUAUCAGGGUGGGGAGCCUUAGUUCUAAGGUCAGGAAAAGCCGGAAGGGGAAGAGUAGAAGGCAGGAAGAGGAAAAGCAAAGGUGAUAGGAGAGAGGAGAAGAACAGGAUUUGGGGAAGGGAGUCGAGAGGAAAAAAGAAGGAAGGGCUAGCGCGGUUCCUGACGGGGUCCCAUCCCUAGUUUGUCGGGCCCCAGGAUCCCGAGCCUACCGAGGGAGCGGGCCCGGAAUAGACAAAAAAGACCCGUGGUUGGAAAGGUUUCUCCUGUGUCCAGAUUCUAGGACAGGCAUUAGAAGAACUUAGUAGGAAAUAGUCAAUGAAAAAUUUUGAGCAAAGGUAUUUACACUGAUUCCAAAGAAAUAAAAACCAGCAAGGAAGUGAAAAGAAGAAUUAACAAGAUGUUCUAGGAGGCAUUGCAGCAGUACCAGAUCCCUCAUCAUUGAGGGCCUCUUCUGGAAUGGUGACAAUGGGAAUAAAGAAGAUGGAACAAAUUUGAGAAAGAUUUUGGAGGCUUUGAUCAAAGUGUUGGUUUUAUUGCAAAAAUAGGAUCAAAAUUAAACUUUUAUUGGGGAACAAGAGCACAGAGUGUGAAGGAAUGUCUGUUCAAGAUUCUGCAAUAAGUAAACAUUUAAUUCUCCCUCCUAUCAUUAGUAAUUAUGACAAGGAAUUUUUGGAAAGAAUGCAAAGAUAUAUAAUUAUAGAAACUGAAAAAGUGGGCUGUACUGAUGAAGGACCAGCUGAUGAAUAUUUCAUCAUAUACCGAAAUGUAUUUGACAAGAUAAUAGAGCAUGUCACCGCAUACAAAACCAUUCUUACUUCAAUCAAACAAGAAUAUGAUUCAUUCAUUGAAACAAUAAAGAGGGGCCAAAGAAAUGCAUUUUAUCUCCAUGGAAAGCUGAAAGUUUUGGCAGCAGAACCUACAACACUGGUAUAUCAUAGGAAAAGAGUAGACCAACUUGAAGCAAAGAUAAGAGCUAUUGAAGCUAAUUCCUCAAAGAUUCAAAAGCAGUUAAAGAAAUUAAGACAAGUUAGGGGAAAGAACCUUGUAAGAGAAACUGAACAACUCAUAACUAUCCCAAAUCCUUCAAGACCUAUUCCAGGCAUGACACUAGCAGAAUCUGUCAAUCUAGAUUCUCUUAAUGAAUAUCUUACUCGUCUUGAAGAAAAAUAUGAAGAAAUUAGACAACAAUCAAUGGUAAAAUAUAUACCACAAAUGAAAAAGAAUGACUUAGAUGAAGAAAAGAUCCGGGCAUUACAGAGGCGAGAUACAGCUGAAGCACUAAACAAUAAAUUACGAUUUCGUCAUAGAAAAACAGAAAUGGUUUUAAGUGCAUUUUCUACCUGGAUGAAAUCUGACAUGAGCAUUUCAUUUCAAGACUACAUAAUUCAAAUAAAUAAAACUCAAAAACUUUUGCAAGAUGAUCAAUCACUUGUUGAGGAGUUACUUGAAGAAGACCCGAGCAAGGCUAAGGAAGCUGAAGUGUUACUUGACUACAUCGAAAGGUUCAACGAAUUGUUUGUAAAUGGCGAUUAUGAGUCUGCAGCUAUUUUUGCGGUGAACAGUCCUAGAGGAAUUCUUCGAAACAUGGGGACAAUGAAGAAAUUUAAGGCUGUUGGUAAAAUUAAAGGGAAAACUCUUCCUUUAUUAUUAUUCUUUGAGGCUCUUUUCAGCACAAGUCGUGCUGCUAAAAAAUCUAUUAAUGCUCAGUUGACCCUGGAAGGAAUUACCUGUGGAUUAUCGGAAAAACGGUUGGAUCUAGUUAUACACUGGGUCACCCGGCAGAGGUUGACAUUUUCUGAAAAAGCUGGGGAUAUUAUUUGUCAAUAUGGGGAACAAAAUCCUUACAGCAGAUCCAAGUGCCUGGCUUUAGCCCAGAUUAUCUACAAUGAAUGUGGUCUGCACAAGAAAGCUGUUCUUUGCCUAUGUAAACAGGGUCAAAUUUAUGGAGCCUUGGAAUACAUUCUACAAUUCAAAAACUUUUCUUAUGAUGACCUUAUGGAUAUAAUAACAACAUGUCCCCAAGUUGAAUUAAUUAAUUGUCUUACUCAUGAAUGGCAGGGAAAACCACCAUCUUUAUCUUUUUGUCUUGUUGUACUUCAUUUCUUCUCUAUUGGGAUGAAAAAGGCUGGCAUAAAUUUACUUGAAGAAUUACAUGAAAAUGGGAAAGAGGCAACAGAAAAACUUAUGACAACUGAUCCAUUCUGCUCCUUAGAGGGAUGGCAAGAACUGGCGGUUGUGUGUAUCCAGAACGGCUUUUGCAAAUUGUCCAAUGACAUCAUUUCCAUCCUCAGAUCUCAGGAAGGAGUAUCCGAAAUUCCUCCAGAUGGGGAAAACAUAAUGGAACAUGUUUUUUGGUAGUUCCAUCUCUUCAACAGCUGAGGGAGCUCUAAAAAUAUUUUAUGUCCUGGUUGAGAAAAACAGCCUAAGGAUUAGUAACUUUGAAUAAAUCCAAAUUGUAUAUCCCCAAAACAAAUUAGUCCUUCUUUAU